CCCCUUGCCUCCAGGCGUUGCUUGGGGGAGGCGACUGACCACCCCAAAGCCCCUCCCCAAGCCGGCGAUUGGCUAGCUGGGCCGGAGUAUACAAAAAGCACAUGGGCGCCGGCAUGGCUCAAGUUUUGGGCGGAGAGGAGAGGAGCGAUGAUGGGCCCGGCUUUCGACCGGUGGAGGGACUACCUCCAGUUGGCCCAAGUGGUGGAGGAGCUGCGGAGGAGGCCCCCUUCGGAGCAGGAACAAGAAGAGAGGCAGCCCCCCUGCUCCUCCUCCUCGUCUUCUUCCUCCUCCACGGUGUGUUGCUCCUUCUGCAAGCAGAACGGCGAGUCCCAGCGGAUCUACACCUCUCACCGGCUGAAGGACGAGGCCGGGGACGUCCAGUGCCCCAUCCUGAGAGGGUACACCUGCCCGCAGUGCGGGGCCACCGGGGAGAAGGCCCACACCCGCCGCUUCUGCCCCCAGACCCACAAGGGCUACGUCUCUGUUUACACUAGCAACAUCCGCAACUCCGCCGGGAAGAAGAAAAACACGAAGAAGGAGGUGCUACCCAAGGCUGCCCUGGGAAGGAAAGAACUGGCGUGGAAAUCCCUUCCAGACCAACCACUCUCUUUCUCUCCUAGACUUAGAAGCAGCACCAAGAAUGGGUUCUCUUGCAGAGGUUCUUCUGACCUGCUGUUUGACACAUCUAACAUUCCUCCUGAAGUCUGAGAAGAUUCUGGAUCUAAUAACUCACCCAUAUUCGUUGAUGCAGAGAACUCAAAUGGUUCAAAGAAAACAUGGAGGCAUGGGCCUGAAUUUUUGAAAUACAUGUGGCCCAUUAUAGGUGAUGCCUGCAAUGAAUUCUCUCAGCAUUUGCACAGUCAAUGCACUUCAAACUAUUAUAGGUUUUUAAUCAACUGCUCUUCUUCCUGGAACAGUGCCACAUUCCAGUUGGCUACAAUGUUUGCCUCAGUAUUUGUCUCAGUCCCAUAUUCCAAACUACUAAUGCAAAUCCCACUUUAUUAUUGUUAACUAUGUUUUAAAUACCCCUUCGUUUCAGAAGUGGCAAUUUUGUUGUUUCUUGUUAUCGUUUAUGUUAUUUAUUUGUUAUAUAUGGUUAAUAUUAUUUAUUUUUUCUUUUGUUGUUGUUAUUUGUUAUAUCAAAACUACUAUGACUGUUUGAAUACUAAAUACAGAGUAUUUUUUCUUUUAAAAUUGACAAAUGUAGUUGUUUUUCAUGAGGGCAAAUUAAUCCUAUAUGAAGCGUUAUACUGUUGAAGAAAUAUAGUAAAGAUUACAAAA